CUCUUUCUUUGCUGCUCCACCAAAGAUAAGUCAUUUCUGUGUUUUAUGGCUGUUACAUGUUUUAUGAAUCUCAUUAAUUUUAUUAACCUGUGAUUUGGCUAAGGAUUGUCUAUAAUGCAUAGCCUUUCUAUCCUUUUGCUGGGUUAGGUGUUUCCCCUCAUCGUGGGUAUAUUUUUCCCUAUUGUGGGUCUGCUUGCCCCACGCUUAUUGCGCUUAUUGCGCUUAUUGCUUGGGGGUCUCCCCCCCCCCCUCUUCUUCCCUCUGACCUCCGUUCCUCCUCCCCUGCGUCGGUUUUCUUUUGGUCUCUCCGCUGUUUCUCUUAGGGGUUUGCUCUGCGUCUCCCCCCCUUCCCCUUAGCUUUACCUCCUAUCGCUGCGUCCCCUCUGGUUAUCGGCGCUUCUGGUGUCAGCGGCGGGUCCCGCUCGCUUCCCGCGGCUCCGAGAUCUCGCGGGAUCUCGGCGGCCAUCUUGGGGAGCUCCCGCCCUUCCUAUCGCGGGAUCUCGUACGUCACUUCCGGUCUGGUUUGCGCUCGGUCGGCUGGCUGUGCUCCUGCUCCUACUCCGGUUCGGCGGCUUCUGGGGUGAUUAACCCCUAGUUAGUUUCGGUUUUUCCCUCUAUUCCUGGCCAUCUUAGCUUAGACCUCCCUGCUAGGUUAGGCCAUCAGGAUCGUUAUAGAUAUAUAUAUAUAUUUACCAUAUUAUGUCCUCUGAUCGCUCCCCCUCUGGGUCUAUUCCCCCCCCAUCCUCUGGGGACCCUGAUAUUCCGACUAUGAAUGCGCAGGCCCUAGAGCUUCAACGCUCGGUCUCCAGCGCUAUUAUAGAGGCGAUGGGAUCCAUGUCCUCUAUGAUCUCUAAAACCAUCUCUCAGGCCCUAGCUGCCCAUGCCCCUGGCCCCGCUAUUCCCGCGCCUGUGCUUACUAGCCCGCAGCCUACCAUUGUUGAACCUCCUGCACCCCAGGAGACUAUGAUCGGUGUGUUCCAAGCCACCCAUGAUAGCGCGCUUAGAUCGCGCAAAAGAGCCUUGCCGCGUCAGGCAGAACGGACGCGAAAGUGGAAAUGUGCUAGAGCACAGACUGGCGAUGUGGAUUCGGAUAUUGAAUCCGACAUGGAGGCUUACGCGGAGGCGAGCGGCCAUUCCGACGGGGAUAUUGAGAUUGAGAUGGAAUCCGAGUUACCAGGUACCUCUGGUCCUAGACCAUCCACCUCCGGGUCCGUGGGCGCGUCCGCCGCUGCCCCUAACGUGGUUUCCACCCCGGUGGAUCCUUCAGGCAACCCGUUGUUUGACCCUGAUGCCCUCCACCACCCUAGGUCGGCUGAGUGGUUGCCGGUAGCUCAUGUGAGCGAUUAUCUGGAACAUUGGGUGCGCCGCCCUCUUAGUAAAGAGGCGCGCAGUAAACUCCGAUCUGAAUGCCCCAGACCUUUGAUCCAAAAAUGACACAGUUUUUGGCUAAGACCGGCUGGAAUCCCCGUAAGGGGCUUGAUUCCGCAUUGAAAAGUUGUCAGGAUAAACUCCUUGACAUCUUUGGGCCCCUCGC